CUGGCUCAUCGCCAUCCUGGCCCAGGCCAACCCCCUCUUCGGGCCGCAGCUGAAGAACGAGACCAUUUGGUACGUGCGCUUCCUCUGGGAGUGAGCAGUCCCUGGGAGCCA